AUGUCCACCUCCAUGUCGCUCUCCGCUUCCGCCGCCGCAUCCCCCUCCAUCCUGCCCCUGCCCCGCCGCCGCUCGCCGCCGGCGUCCCGCGUCCCGUUCAGAACCCUCCGGCCCCUUCCCCGCCUCCUCUCCUCCGCGCGCCCGCUCCUCCCCGCCACCGCCGCCAUGGCCACCGACGGCGCCGCCCCCGCCGCCGCGUCCAAGAAGAACCUGCUCAUCUUCGACGCCGAGGAGGACCUCGCCGUCUCGCUGGCCAAGUACGCGGCCGAGCUCUCCGCGAAGUUCGCCGCCCAGAGGGGCGCCUUCACCGUCGUCGUCUCCGGCGGAUCCCUCAUCAAGGCCCUCAGGAAGCUUACGGAGGCGCCGUACCUGGAGACGGUGGACUGGAGCAAGUGGCACAUAUUCUGGGUCGACGAGAGGGUCGUGCCCAAGGACCAUGACGACAGCAACUACAAGCUCGCCUACGAUGGGUUCCUCUCCAAGGUACCAAUUCCUACUGGUCAAGUCUAUGCUAUCAAUGAUGCAUUGUCUGCUGAGGGAGCAGCAGAUGACUAUGAAACUAUCUUGAGGCAACUUGUAAAGAACGGCGUUCUUGCAAUGUCAACAGCAACUGGGUUUCCGAGGUUUGAUGCCAUGCUCCUCAGCAUGGGUCCGGACGGCCAUCUUGCCUCUCUCUUCCCGGGUCACCCUCUUGUUAAUGAGAAACAGAAGUGGGUCACUCACAUCACGGAUUCUCCAAAGCCUCCACCAGAGAGGAUUACAUUCACGUUUCCGGUGAUCAACUCGUCUGCAUAUUUUGCCAUGGUGGUAACUGGAGCUGCGAAAGCUGGUGCUGUGCAGAAAGCUGUUUCAGACAAGAAGACAUCUGAUUUGCUACCUAUUGAGAUGGUUGUCCUUCAGGAUGGAGAAUUCACCUGGUUCACUGACAAGGAGGCGGUGUCAAUGCUGCAGAACUAGUGAAUCCCAAGAUCUGAGCUUUAAGCUCUUCACUUGAAUAAAAAAUAUCCAGGGGCCUGCGUUGUUGCAUUGCUCCCUUGUGGAUCACCUGUAACGGAAACUUGAACUUUUAUGUAGUAUUGUUUAGAGUAAUGUGUUUCAGAAAAGUGAAGCUAAGUCA